AUCGCAAUCCGUACUACGGAUUCGUUCACUCCCUUGAAGGAAUAUCGGCGAAUAAGUACAGAAAUCUAGCCUGGAUCGCGAGAGAAGCGUUAGUGAAGUACCAGGGGGAGUCGGAACUAAGGGCCUAUAUGGGUCUACCACGCACGUGUCAGUACCCGGACCGUGUCCAAGCGAUCUUCGACGCGUAUGAGAUACAACAAGGGGAUGCUGGAAACGCGCUUGCAGAUGAUCAGCUUGUGAGAGAGCUUCAAGAAGCGUCCGCCAAUUAUGCCUACUGACGUAUCAUAUUUCCAUAUAAGUUGCAUUUCUGUAUUACUCUUAUAUACUUAUUUACGAUAAUUAGUUCAUUAAGGCGUUUAAUCCACAGGUUUUACCAAUUUAAUACUACUAUAAUCAAUAUAAUUCUACCGAUUAAUAAUAGAUGUGACAUGUGGAUUUCACAUGUCAUUUUCAUGCCUUCCAAUUCUUACAUCCUCAGCAGACCACACCAGUGAGAACAUGCUGAGAAAUUUAUUACUAACCGGCAUUGAACCUUCAGUUCAAUGCCUGCACAAAAUUCAGCAUCAGCAUUUACUGCGACGAACGAAAGUGUCGCAUUUCAAAUUUACUGAACCUCGCUGUUACCAUGUGUGCGGUCAUAGCUUUUCGAGGUUUCUGUCUUUGUCUCUUUCGCAUGUACAUCGAUCACGGAUUGGUGAUCGUGUACAUGGCUUUUACAUAGAACGGUGCUUCAGGCGUCUCCAGUAGGAACCUUGUCAAGAACUUAUCGAACAAUAAAAAAUCAAUCUGAAUCCAACCUUCAACGGAGUAAAAUCGUAUCAUGGCAAUACCGUGACAAGAGCCAAGUGUCAAAAAAAAAAAAAAAACCAAGUCCAGGUGUUAGAAAUUUGUGAUCUAGUGUAAAGUGUGCAUCAGUGUGCGAACAGCGACUAAUAAUGGGAACAGGUGCAUCAAAACCUAGUGCAUCAGUGUCGGGAGAUAAAGAUCUCACCAUUAUAAACAAUCAGGAAACCCAUAGCGAUUUUCACGAAGAUCAUGCGCUCAAACUGAACAUCAUCUUAGUGCUAGUUACAAUCCAGCUAGUGUUUGUAAUUUACAAAAUUUGGCACAAAAGAGUGCAGAAAAAAACGAUCCUAAGUGUAAAAGCAAUGGCAGAUCUAGACAAAGUCUAACAAGAAAGGCAAAGUCCAGAGAAAAAAAAGGGACAAACAAAAAAAAAAAAAAAAAAAACAGUGCUAAAAUGAACAGUGUGGCAGUAGCUGAAAUAUCAAAAGAGUAAAGUGUACACGAGUGACAGAGCUAGUAACGCUCCACCAAAGGGAUAACCGGCAACUAGGAGCGUCCCCACCGAAGGGUCAACCGGCAACUUGGAGCGGCCCCAACAAAGGGAUAACCGGCAACUAGGAGCGUCCCCACCGAAGGGUCAACCGGCAACUCGGAGCGGCCCCAACAAAGGGAUAACCGGCAACAUGGAGCGUCCCCACCGACAGCCACCACAGUAACCGGAAACCUGAGUAGAGCAAAAGCGCAGUUAGUAUGCCAGCGGCUAACAACAAAACCAACAACAAAACCGACAAACGUGAGGUAGGACAAUGUUAUAGAAAACUGUAAGUAAGAAAAAAUCAUAAUAGUGUAACAAAAAUGACAGCAGAAAACAGAAUUAAAUAAUAAUAUUAAUUUAUGGACCAAGUAGAUUCACUACUGGCAGAUUUGUCGAAAAUCUUAGUUAACCUUAAGAAAAAUCCUAAUCGAAGAUACAGGAGAGCAACGUUAUUGAACAAACUAAACCAAAGUAGAAUCUAUUACAACGAAAUAUUAGAUUUAAUAGAUCUCUUUGGGGGAACCAAACAGAUUUUUUUUAUAAAGUCGGCAAGGUUACUGUACGGCGAAAUAAAAACUUUAAUAGAUUCAAAGCUUGAUCGAAAUCAUCUGAUUUCAUUUAAGACCUUAGCAAAAGUGUCGUUAUCAUUUUUACAGUUACAUAAAAGAAACAUGGCAAACCCAAAGGUAGACGUAAAAUUGGGUACGACGCUGAUUCAAAUGUAUGAUGGCGCACCACAGCAUUUGGAUGCUUUCAUUGACUCCGUAAAUUUAUUCAAUGACACGGUACAAAGUGAUUUUGCUGCAGCCACGGCCGCACAAAUACAAACAGCUCAAGUUACCGUAGUGAAGCUCAUAAAAUCACGGCUAACAGGCGUAGCCCGGCAAGUAAUUGCAGGAGCCGAUGAUUUACAAGGCAUCAUAGACGCAGUAAAACAACACUGCGAGUCAAAAAUUACUUCGGACAAUGUUCUGGCCAAGCUAAAAGCAACCAGACAAAAAGAUUCAAUUCAAACUUUUUGUAACGAAGUUGAAACUUUAACAACACAACUUAAAUCAUGCUAUGUAAGGGAAGAAAUCCCAGCAAACAGAGCCAACACGAUGGCAACCAAAAAAGGAGUCGAGGCUCUAAUAAGCGGUAGCAAGAAUACCGACACAAAACUUAUUUUGAAGGCUGGGACCUUCAACAAAAUUAAUGACGCAAUUCAAAAGGUGAUGGAAAAUAAUGAAAUCACCAGUAACAACAAUUCACCUGCUACAAAUGCUCAAAUUUUAACAGGUCGAGUAAGCCACCCAAGAGGGCGUGGAACAAACCACAGAGGACGUGGUAAUUAUUCAAACUUUUACCAACAUGAUCGACACGUUAGGUACCAAAACUCGCCCCAUAAUCGUGGAAAUUUUUCAAACCAGAGGGGUCAUUGGUCUCAUCGAGGUAAUUUCUCGAAUCAAAGAGGCAAUUGGACUCAGCGUGGACGGUAUCCAUCGAAUAUGUUUUUAGCACACCAAGGCGGUGCACAAUAUCAGCCGCCAGCGCACCAGGCAAUUCAAAUGCCGUUGCAUCCACACAUUCAAAUGCCACAGCAACAACAUAUUCUACAGUCAACAAAUGGAAAUAUCCACCCUUUAGGGGUACAGCUGGGGCAGCAUAUACAAUAAAUGUGUCUGCCACCAAUUACGUCCAACUGAUGGUUGAUAUGUCCGAUGUGCAAU